AUGGAACUGAAGACAAGUCUUGUCGUUCCGUUCGUUCUGUGUCUGCUACUCGUUUGUCUUCGAGCAUCAGAUGGCGGAAAGGAAAGCAGACGAUGUUUCAAACCGUUAAUUUGUUGUUCUGGUAUUUACUGCGCAAACACCCCUCAAGUCGUUAUCUGUAUCUGUAUAGCCUGUAUCUGUUCGUCCACGUACAAACACCAUCUUCUGAUUCUGGUUGUCGCAUACGUUGGUCGGGUCGUGUGCAAUAGGUUAUGGGAUGAGCGUGUGCGGAGAACUACAGGCCGAAGCAGCGGCAGCUACUUCAGUGAAUCCGGGUCACCAUAUACCAUCAGAUACUCGGCAAGGGAUAGCAAAGGCAACCAGAAUGACUACCUUUGUUCAUUCACAAUCACUGUGAAGGUAAGGAGGUGUGGCACCCACCCACAAUUAAUCUGGGGUGAGGUUUCCUGCACCGAUCAUAACCUUUAUGGCUCCAAAUGCACCAUCACAUGUACGAGUGGCUACACCCUGUCAGGGACAUCUCGACGAACCUGUGAGAGUAAUGGAAGGUGGUCUGGUACCACACCACGCUGCGGACCAAUCCAGUGUCCAAGCUUACCCGGUACAACCUGCUCAGACUCCAACAACUACCGCAGUGCGUGUACCCACUCCUGCAGUCAACCUGGCUUUAGAAUCGGCCAGGGUCAAAGUGGCACCAGGUUUUGUACGGCCAGCCGCACGUGGACUGGGUCCACCCCAACUUGCGUAGAUGUUCAAGAUCCAACAAUAACCUGCCCAGGCAUCAUCAGAGCUUUCGCUGCUGCGUCUCAGACCUCCGCAAAUGUCACCUGGGACCUACCCGAAGUAAGCGACAAUGCCAAACUCGACAUCGUCCCUGAGCUGACAACAGGUCUGCCACCUGGCUCGUUGUUCGGUAGAGGGUCUCACGCCAUCAGUUACCGGGCUCAAGAUGAUGCACGCAACACUGCAGCAUGCUCGUUCUCUAUCAUAGUCCAAGUGAUCCAGUGUGCAGAUCUCUCCUACCUCACUGGUCAGAGGAGGACGUGUUCAUCACAGUUCAACUACGGCUCUGUCUGCCAGUUUGAAUGUCGGUCAGGCUUUGUGUUGACCGGUGGUCAGGCGAGUAUUGAAUGUCAGAGACAAGGAGAUGCAGGAGUGUGGAGUGCACAGCAGCCAACCUGCCAAGCGAUAACAUGCCCCGCACUAAGCGCUCCAGUCAACGGUGGAUAUUUCGGCAACACCAACUGCUCGACAGCCUAUGGCUCUUGGUGUCGGUUCUCUUGCAAUGACGGGUACCAGCUGACUGGCAGUGGAGUCCGUCGCUGUCUGUCACAAGCCGGAGCAACUGAGGGAUUCUGGGAUGGCUACGAUGCUCUUUGCAAAGAGCAAACCUGUCCACGAGCCUACAUCCCUGCCAAUGCUUACAUCAGCAACUCACAGGAUUGCCCAGCUACUGAUCAGAUCCCAGCAGGGACUACAUGCCGCUAUGCCUGCCAACCAGGCCAUGUACUGACUGGGUCUACUGAGGUGACGUGUGGCAACGAUGGAAACUGGAACUCAACCUUCCCAUACUGUCAAGUUAUCACCUGUGACAGCAGUGAACUGCCCUCACCACAGAACGGCUUCAAGAAUGGCUGCCCCCACGCAGAGGAAAUCUACAGCACGACGUGCACGCUGGGUUGCAAUCUGGGCUACAUGCCCACCCAGCCUACUUACGUCAUGUGUACUGACGACGGGAAUGGCACGGCAACGUGGGAUGCCAACACGAUCAUGUGUGAAGCGGUCCAAUGUGAUCCACUGGAGAUGCCUGGUACACCAGGCUACCUGCCUUUGUCCUGCACACUCAAUGGAGUGGCGGUGACGGAUACAGACCAGAGGCAGAGUUACGGCACUAUCUGUGUGGCGUCAUGUGACCUGGGAUUCACCAGUAGCGGCUCAGCUAGUCGUACGUGUCAGCUGACCAGCCAAUGGGAUGGCGUUCCUCUACAGUGCACAGAUAUAACCCCACCCACUUUGAUGUGCCCACCUGACAUCACGCUGUUUGCAGGACAGAGGGCCAACUUUGCAGUUGUGGGCUACGAGUGGGAACCAAUAGUGGUGGUGGAUGCCAGUGGUGGUAUCGCGACGCUGGACAGCAUUAAUGGACAGCCGGCACCAGUCAAUAGAAGCUCCAUAUUCCAGGAAGGGACACAUCGUCUGGUCUACACUGCAGUGGACGGCAGCGGUAACAAAGGGGAUUGCAGUGUCGCUGUGAACAUCAUAGUCACCAGGUGCCCGCCGUUGUACGGUCCUCAGAACAGUGAGACCAGUCUGGUGUCGGGCCAAGGGGAAUGUGAUAAUGCUGCUGUGUUUGGUUCAGUGUGCAACAUCAGCUGUGAGGAAGGUUACACACUGUCAGACAGCAGCCAACAAGUUACAGCUGAGUGCGUCAAGAACAUAGCGUCGUCUACAGUGGGUUAUUGGCAGAGCCCAUCGGUACAGUGUGUCCCCAACAUAUGCCAAGUACCAGCCGUCCCCAACGGUUACAUAUCAGGGUGCAACGACCAGGUGGUGGAUUACCAGUCAUCCUGCGCCUUUGUGUGUAAUCCUGGUUACCGUAGCAACCAUACAUCCCUGAGUAGGACCAUGAGGACUUGUCUGGCCGAUGGGACGUGGACCGGAGUGCAACCAGUUUGUGAAGCUGUUGUAUGUAAUGGCUUACUGAAUCUGACUCACGGCACAGUGCAACCAAGUGACUGCUCUACCCAGGCUGAACUUCCUUACAACACUCUGUGUACAUUCACAUGUGAUGAUGGAUUCUCUCUCAGUGGUCCGUACAGUAAGGUGUGUACUGACCGAGGAGUGUGGAGCGAUGCACGCCCAGUCUCUUGCUCAGAUCAUCAGCCACCGGUCUUCACGGACAACUGCCCGGUGUAUGUCAAUCAAAUUGCACCGGCCAACAUGAGACAAGCUAUUGUCAAUUUCCUAACGCCACAGGCCACGGAUAACUCUGAUGACUUCUCUGUGAGCAGUCAAGACCGAAGCCUCGGGUCAGGUUCGUCAUUCACUGAGGGUACAACUCGUCUGAUAUACACUGCUACAGAUGCUGCCAUGAACAGCAGACGCUGUGAUGUGUACGUCACUGUACAAGUUCUGCGCUGUCGCCCUCUACAAGCCCCUGCCAGUGGUUCCUUGGUCCAGUGCCCCAGUAACAUCUACGGAGCCAGUUGCAGCUUUGCCUGCAAUGCAGGCUAUGACCUGGAUGGUCCUAGUAAUAGGACCUGUCAGAGAGUUAUCGACAGUGAUCAGAUGAAUGGUGUCAACCAGCUGAGUGGCAAGGACUUGCAAGUGAAGUGGUCUGGGAAAAGCCCAAGAUGUUCACCGGUUACUUGCCCGGCCCUGGCUGACCGGCUCCCUGCUAUACGCUCGGGUUGCUUUCAGUACCCACCAGCAACUGAAGUGCUGGGCACCACUUGCAGCUGGUACUGUCCUUAUGGCUACGGUGGAGUUGGUUCCCAGCAGUCUAUGUGUCUUGCAAAUAGCACAUGGGAUGUGGUCGACUUCUCCUGUGAAGAGCGUAGUUGUCCAGCUCUAGUGCCCUCUGCUGGUAUGGAGAUAUCUCCAGCUAUUUGCCUGACUUCCCCAACCUUCAACGAUAACUGUUUCCUGCGUUGCUCACAGUCAGGCUACAGGGUGGAUCCUCCGGCCUAUGACUUCAUCCGUUGCCUGGGUAACGGGGAUUGGUCAGGUGACAGCACUGCAUUCACCUGCAUAGAUUACGAGGUUCCCCAUUUCACAUCGUGCCCGCUGGAUAUCCUCACAUACGCACCGCGAGGCGCAUCCGAUGCCACUGUGACAUGGAACGUGACAGCAACAGACAACUCAGGAGAAACACCCUCCAUAGCCUGCAAUGUCCAACAACCAGCGACCCUGCCAGUAGGGGAACACUCACUCAGGUGUACGGCUACCGACGGCGCAGGGAACCAGGCAAACUGUGACUUUGAAGUCCAAGUUAAAGUUCACCGAUGCCAACAGCUCAACCCGCCGUUUUACGGCGACUUUGUUGCGGCGUGUGACAACAGCCACGGAUCUACUUGCCAAGUCCGCUGCCAGAAUGGCUACACGCUACAGGGCUCUGACACUGCUAGCUGCUCCAGGAAUGCCAGCACUGGGCUGAUGUACUGGGCCUGGAAUGGUCAACGACCAUCCUGCCGAAUUGCCAGCUGUCCACCCUUAUCUGAUCAGCUGAUUCCCCUGGGUGGGGGUGUCUAUCCGUCCUUCUGUCGUGGUCCCAUCCAUCCAUAUUACGGCAGUGUCUGUCAAUUCUACUGCCGCAAUGGAUUUGAUUUGGUAGGCCCUGCAGACCAUCAGAGACUGACAUGUCUGUCUAACGGAACGUGGGACCAGAAUCCAUCUACACUCAAUGUACAGUGUCGGGACAAAGUGCCGCCAACCCUCCGUGUCUGCCCAGGCUCUCUAUCAGGCUCCAUGUCAGGCCAAACGCUGGGCGUUGUGCUAUCCUUCAAUAUCCCCAUGGCUGCUGACAAUUCAGGUACCCAACUGACUGUGAUUAAGACUCCACCGGACAUCACCUCACCGUACAAUUUCACUCGGGACACCGACGUGUCGUACAUCUUCACUGAUGCUGGAGGGAACAGCGUGGCUUGCAAUUUCACCGUUAACAUUCAAGAUAACCUGUCUCCUGUCCUUCAGUCUUGUCCAGAGGACCAGGAUCUAACAACUGAUCAAGUUAAGACCCUGAUCACAUGGCCAGAGCCGGUGUUUAGUGAGCUGACGGGCGAUGCAAUGGACAUUAGUUGCAAUCAGCAGAAUGGUUCGUCCAUGCAAUGGGGCACUCACAUCAUCCAAUGCAGCGCAACUAAUCUGGACAACGGCAAGACCACUAUGUGCCAAUUCACUGUCACCAUCACACCCCACGCGUGCAUGGAUCUGCCCGCACCACGGAACGGCGCCAAGGCGUGCGACAGUUGGGCCUACGGACGCUUCUGCUCCAUGUUGUGCAACGCAAAUUACGACGUGGGUCCUCGUGACGGUUCGCGCACCUUUCUGACUUGCGGCCUGAACGGGAUGUGGUCUCCCCCUCCUGGGGUUUUCCCCAACUGUGCUCGGAGGGUACGGCCCGGACAGUUGAAGGUGUUGACUGAUCUACAUUACUUCAGUGGUGAUUGCUCAUCUCCUGACGCACAAGCUAAGAUCAAACAGCAGUUUAUCGCGAUUCUAUCCAGCGAGAGUGGUUUCGGUGCAAUUUGCACCCAGAAUGUGGCCGAGUGUGACGAGAGCAACGUAGAGGUAUCCUGCGCUCCCGCUAGAGGUGCUCCCUCUAGAGGCAGGAUCUAUCGACGGGACAUCGGCAUCUGGCACGAAUCGUCACUGGACUUUGGAUUUGAGUUCGACCAGCUAAACGCCAGCUCUCCAGAGCUCGGAUGGGAUGAGCUCACUGAGCAUGCCCAGAAGUGGCUGGCCGACAUGCGCGCAAAAGGGAAGCUGCCAUCGAAUCGCUGGGUUGACCGGAGACGAAAACCCAAACCAAUUCCAUUCAAACGCAGUCGACGGUCUACAAUGUCGCACACCUUCACGGUAUCCUUCGGCAUGAAUUACCAACUGCCUGAAGAUCCAACCAUGUCGGAUUACGAAUUCGAAGACGAGAGUUGGAUCGGUUAUGACGCACUGUAUGACAUAGUGGACAAUGUACAAGUCAUGGCUGACAGUGGUGACUUGGGGCUUUCAGUGCCUGGCAUGGAGAUUAGUUCCCAACCUCAGCUUGAUUAUACUGAACCUGGUCCAGCCUGUCCCCAUGGGUACCUGCCUACACCUAGCAUGACCUGUGUGAGUUGUGCAGUGGGUGAAUUCUUUGACAAUGCCACCCUGGACUGUGUGGAUUGUCCUAUCGGUCAGUAUCAAGAUGAAGAUGAGGAGCCACAUUACACCUGCAAGAUGUGUCCCACAGGAACCUCCACCAUCCUAGCUGGCUCCACCAAUCUUACUGACUGCCUGCGCUUCUGUCCUAGCGGUCAGUAUUCCAAGACCAGACUUGAGCCAUGCUUCCAAUGUGAGAAAGGAUCCUACCAGUCUGAGGCUGGAUCAGUCUCCUGUCAGCAAUGUCCAGUUGGUCAGUCUACAGCCAGGAUUGGAUCCACAAGCUUACUGGACUGUGCAGACAUGUGUCCCGCCGGGUCGUUCUCCACUUUUGGGAUCCAGCCGUGUGUCCUGUGCCCGCUUCAUAGUUACCAGCCCCAGCGAGGUCAAAGUUCAUGUCACUCGUGCCCCACCAGGCAUAUAACACAGGUCAAAGGAGCCACAGAUCUGAGCAUGUGUAGCUUAAAAACUUUCUGCACUGCUGCGUCAUGUACGAACGGUGGAACCUGCGUGGAGCAACUGGAGUCCUUCCGCUGUGAAUGCCCAGCGGGUCUGACCGGCUCACACUGUGAGACUGAUGUGAUUGACUGCCAGCAAGAUUCUUGCUUCAAUGGAGCUACCUGUGUGGAUGAACUCAAUGGGUUCAGCUGCACCUGUGCUGCUGGAUAUCAAGGUGAUGAUUGCUCUCUCCUGAUAGAUUUCUGCAUGAAUGAUCCUUGUGAGAAUGACGGUACAUGUAGCAGUCAGACCAGUGGAUUCACAUGCGCAUGUGAUGUUGGUUUCACUGGUGUCAGGUGUGAGAAAGACAUUGAUGAAUGUCUGAUGCAUCCCUGCCAACACGGUGGAUCUUGUGUUAAUGUAGAUGGAGACUAUCUAUGCCUGUGUGUUGCCGGCUUCAUAGGCGAUAACUGUGAGACUAAUGUAGAUGAGUGUAAAUCCAACCCAUGCCAGCGUAAUGGUACAUGUGUGGAUGCUGAUAACGGAUAUCACUGUCAGUGCAUCACAGGUUACUCCGGUAAUCAUUGUGAGAUUGACAUAGACAUGUGUGCCAACAACCCUUGCAGCAACGGUGCAACCUGCCAAGAUUUAGAUGAUCGAUAUCAGUGUGCAUGUCCCCACGGCUAUGGUGGCAGCCACUGUGAACUGGUCUUGACUCCAUGUGAUUAUCAUCCAUGUGAAAAUGACGGUACCUGCACUGAGACAUUGACAGAGGAGACUGGAUACAAGUGUGAAUGCUUGCCAGGAUUUACCGGACCGGAGUGUAAGAUCAAUGUGAAUGAGUGUGCUAGUGGACCAUGCUCUAACGGUGGUACCUGCAUCGAUGGUGUCAACAGAUAUGACUGUGUCUGUACUGAUGGCUUUGAAGGACCGCUCUGUGAGGGACGUCCAGACCUCUGCAACCCCAACCCUUGUCAACACAACGCAUCAUGUGAGGAUGAAGGAGAGGAUUAUUACUGCACCUGCCCUGCCGGUCUGUCAGGCAGAGAUUGUGAGAUCCAGGUGGAUGCCUGCCAUGACGGAGAGACCUGCUUUAAUGGUGGGGUAUGUGCAUCGCCCUCUAUGGACCAACUCUGUCUAUGUCCGCCAGGAUUUGUGGGAGAGCAUUGUGAGAUUAACAUCAAUGACUGUGCCAAUUCUCCAUGUGCCAACGAAGCUCCAUGCGUAGAUGGUAUCCAGUCGUUCACCUGUCUUUGCUUGGAAGGUUUCACUGGUACUCUGUGCGAGAUCGAUAUCGAUGAAUGCGCAUCCAAUCCCUGCCAUAAUGGAGGGGCAUGCGUCGAUCAGAUCAGUGGGUACCGGUGUGACUGUACCGAUGGUUUCAAUGGAAUUGACUGUGAAAACAACAAGGAUGAUUGCGUGGCCGGAGCUUGUGGCAACGGUCGAUGUGUGGAUGGCAUCAACUCAUUCAAAUGUGUGUGUAACAUCGGUUUCAAUGGCCGUAGGUGUAACAAAGAGAUCAACGAAUGCCAGUCUCAUCCAUGCGCCAACGGUGGUGCAUGCUGGGAUCUGGUCAAUGGUUACAUCUGUGAUUGCGUAGAUGGAUGGAUCGGUGAGCAGUGUGAGAUUAAUGAAGACGAUUGCGCCAAUACCCCAUGCCUGAACUCUGGUCAUUGCAUCGACGGCCUACAGUCCUACACCUGUCAAUGCUUACCAGGCUUCACGGGUCAGAACUGUGAGACCAACAUCAAUGAAUGUCUGAGUAAUCCUUGUCACAACCAAGCAACCUGCAUCGAUGGAAUCAACAUGUUCACCUGCGAUUGCAAGAAGGGAAAGAAAGGUACACUGUGCCAAAUUGACUUGGGUAACUGCCAGCCAAAUCCUUGCAAGCACGGUGGGUCUUGUACCCCAACUACUACUGGGUUUGUGUGUCAGUGUCAGGCUGGGUUUGAAGGAGCAGAGUGCCAGACUAAUAUUGAUGACUGCGCCAACCAUCAGUGUCUGAAUGGAGCAAGCUGUAUUGAUCAGGCCAACCGUUAUUCCUGUCGCUGUACUCCAGGCUACACAGGACAGUUUUGUCAGACAGUUUUAGACAUCUGCUCAGCUGAGCCGUGUCUGAACAACGCAGUCUGUCUGCCGAGUGUAGACAGCACAAGCCACUGCAUAUGCCAAGCAGGUUUCACAGGGAUGCGAUGUGAGGUAGCCAUUGAUAACUGCACACCCAACCCUUGCCUGCAUGAUGGUACAUGCAUCAAUGGGUUCAACUCCUACUCCUGUGACUGUCCACCAGGCUAUAGCGGCACUGAAUGUGAUCAGGAUAUUGAUGAAUGCAUUGGUAAUCGCUGUCAGAAUGGAGCUGAGUGCAUUAAUGGCAUCAACCAAUACGACUGCAAAUGCAGACCAGGAUUUCAGGGCGAAUACUGCAGCCAGCAUGAGUCGUCUGAUUUUGAUGUCAGUCUCCGAGGCGGUCAUCACAGUCAGUACAUCACUAUACAUCGAGCCAUUACUAAACCACUCAGAGCGUUCACCAUCAUGAUGUGGAUUCGAUCCGGCACAUCUGAUGGGGAUAUACUGACCUAUACAACCCAGAGCACUGGACAGACACUGCAGAAUGCACAGAUUGCCCUGAGUAACCCUGGGUCGUUAGAUGUCUACAUUCAAGGGUAUGAGUUUUCCUCCCACACCUCGUUUGAUGACAAUCGUUGGCAUCAUCUGGCAAUCACUUGGGAUGAGCAUGGAGGCAUCCUCAAGAUGUAUCGAGACGGGUAUCUGGUGCUGAUACACUCUGGGAUGAGAUCCGAUACCAGUAUCAACAGUGGAGGGGAACUUACGCUGGGAGAGCUACGUAGUGACGGCACUCAGCAGGAAAGUUUCACCGGUUCCCUGAGUAACGUCAACAUGUGGGAUACAGCACUGAUACCGCCAGUCAUUCUGAAACAUGCUCAGACUUGUGGCUAUGUUGUCCCUGGCAACCUCAUCCCCGCUGCUUACUUCAUCAACUGGGGCUUCCUGGGCGAAAUUCAAAUUCAGACGCCAUCACUGUGCGACAUGGUAGACGAGUGUGCCUCCAACCCCUGUGCAGCAGGCAGUACCUGCAUUGACGAUGUCCAUCGUUAUAUCUGCCGAUGCCCACCGGGCUUCACUGGCCAACGCUGCCAGACAAACAUUGACGAUUGUGGAACGGGCCCAAGCCCUUGUGACAACGGGGGAACCUGUGUGGAUGGAGUAGGCAGUUUCAGCUGCGAGUGCCCGCAUGGAUUUACAGGACAAGUGUGCGAGCUGGAAAAAGUUGAUGGAGGCUGGAGUGAGUGGAGUGAAUGGGAGGAGUGUAGCCAGUCCUGUGAAGGUGGCACUCAGUCCCAUCGUCGUUCCUGCACCAACCCACGCCCAGCCUACGGUGGCAGCACCUGUGCAGGUCCAAUCACUGAGACCAAACAGUGCAAUACGGCACCUUGCCCAUGCUGCAGGUCUGUGACCCGCCCCUUCAGAGGAAACCUGAACUGCCAAGUUGCUGGUGAGGAGCAGAAUUGCACCAUCUCCUGCUGGCAAGGCUAUGCAUUCAGUCGGGCCAUUCUACCCUCCUACCAAUGUGGUCCCUCGACCGACUACAAGUGGUCACAUGAGACUGAGGACAACCCAGGAUUGGCUCUUCCCACGUGUACAAAGUACAAGCCGCCAAGUAAGGUUGCCAUGGAGAUGCAAAUGGCAUACUCCGAUGACCUGACCUGUGAUGGGGUCAACGUCACAAGCGACAACUUGGUCCAUCAGAAAGUGAACGAUGCUCUCACCUCCAACUUGCAGAUGGUCAGUUGUGUGCAGAAGAAGUCAUGCGCUGUCAAACAGGCCCAGGUCAUUGGGUGCAGUCCACAGAUGCCCGGGGCAGAUGCGCGCAGACGCCGGCGUCGGUCAGUCACAGCGGUCAACUUUGCCAUUAGGCUGGAGCGUGAUCUGGACAUCCCUGACCAACAGAACAUGACCAAUGAACAAGUGUUCAACCAAAACAGUACCAUUGAGGCAACCUUUAUGCUACGUAACUCUGCCGGUCACCUGAUCAAUCAGUCUAGAACGGGCCAGUUUGCCAUCAACAUAGACAGCCGGGUUUACGACGUCAACUCGAAGAAGACCAAGAGCUACGGCAUGCCUGUCUGUCCCCCUGGUACGGUGCGCAUGGAGGCAGAGGACGUACGAUGCGUUCCCUGCGAGUCAGGCUGGUAUAACUACCUGGAGGAUUGCUACCCGUGUCCACGUGGCAUGUACCAGUCACUAGAUGGCAGUACAUUCUGCCAUGCCUGUCCACGUGGCCGCACCACCACCGGCCCCUCCGCUACUGAGGAAGGAGAUUGCCAAGUCAUCACCCUGUAGUCUCUACUUGAGAACUUUGAAAAUCCACUCAACCCUAGACUAGUCUUUAAAACUACUUAAGUAGAAACAGUUUUUGCUCACUGUAGCCUAAGGCAACGCGCAUUCUAAGCAUUUGUAAAAAAAAAAAAAAAAAAAAUCAAAUAAGAUGGCUUAAUCAGAAUUUGCUUAAAUUGAUGACUUUUCUUGGAGCAAGAAAUGAUGAAACCUUUGACGAUAACAGGUUAUGCCACAUUUUUCAUCGAAUCAUCCCACUUUGAUUACAGACAAUUUGUGUUUUUAGUCACUUCUUUCUUAUUUGCUGAAUGUUAUGAAAUAUUACAUUUUCAAUUGUUGUCAUGGUACCUCACAUUUACUCACUCUCUUCAAAUAGAGGUUUUUGCUUAAAUUGCUGCUUUUGCAGUAUUAUGGUAAUGUUUAUUAAAUUUGAUUUUUACUGCUUUAAGUUUAUGCAUGAGUUAUUUUAUGUGCAAAAUUUGGAGAAUUAUUAUGAAUUUAACAUGGUCUGAGGGUGGAUAGUCGAUAUUAGCUUUCCGAUGUAUUGGAGUUGACAAACAGUUGUCAACAUGAUGAUGGACCAGUAAGAAUUUGGCUCUUGCUCAUGAAUGUGUAUGAAGUAUAUUAAGUAACCAUAUUCAAUACUCAGUAAACAUAAUUUCUUAAUGAGAGGAUUGGACAGUGCUGUUGUAGCCUCAAUGGCAUUCCAUAGUUUUUUUUCAGCUUCGGUAUUUUUUAAUGUUGUAAUGUUGAUUUUUUUUUGUAACAAAGAUGUGAAGGUCCUUCAUUAAAAGAACCCAUAACUUUCCCUUUUCUUACUAGCCUCCAUGGUUUAUGCCGGUCAUUUUCAUUUUUCAUUUUUUGAUCAGUUUGAACAAUUUCAUGAAAAUGAAUGUGUAAGUGGUAGAAUAUGACAUUUUGGCUCCAGUUUUUGUAUCAAAACAAACAAUCAAAAUAUAUGAUUAGAUACCAGCAGUAUAUCGCCAAUAAUACAUUGUCAGGGGCCCGUUUUGUAGAGCUGCUAUUAAACAGUAAAUAUAUUGUUAAAAAAAAUGUAUGUGCUAAAUGAAAUUUAGCUGAGAACCAGUCAGUAGCAGUGUACAUCGUGUGAAGGAUUGGCUGGUAACCUAUCAUUGCUUAGCAUGCAUGUUAUGUGCUUAGUAUAUUUCCAGGGCACAGAGUGCCACUUUAAACAUGGAUUAUUAUAUGCAUUAAAUUAACAUUCUUGAAUUUGCUUACGUGUGGGCUAUGAGAUUGUAAUGUGUUGUACUGGUGGCAUGGCAGAUGAAAAUGUUGUUUCUUUUUUAAUCAAAUUUUUCUCAAAGUAAGAGCCUUGGUCAGAUAGUUUUUCAAUAAUAGCCAAUGACCCAGUGGGCCUUUUGUUCAAGUAUUAGAAAGAAACCUGAAAGGUACUAAAUGGACUUAUUCCUAGUUCAAUGUGAAUCGUUGAUACAGUAAGUCGAUCAGUUCAAGUGAUAAUAAUUAUGCAUGUUUAAUUGAUGCAAAUUAUGUACAUACUCAGACAUUUAUAAUUGUAUACGUUUAUGUAUCCACAUGCAUGCUUUGGUUUUGAAGUAAAUGGAAUCGUGCUGCUAGUUAAUUAGCCUUAUUUGCAAAUGCUUUGUCUAUUAAAACGUACUGUGCAUGUUA